AUUUUGAAAAAUGGCGGGAUCACAUUCACGGUCACCGAUUACGGCGGCAGAGCAGGCGGCGCUGCCUUCUUCAAUGUCAAUCGCUACCGUAACCAACCACUGGGAAGUUCAGUAUGCUCGGUUCAUUGUCUGUCCAGCUUCUCCUCACUCCUCUCAUUCGUCUCUCAUCUCUCUUUCUUCCAUCGGACGGAAGUACUGUAAACGCGGCAAAUGGAUCUCCUCUGCCUCCAUCGUUUCUCUCAAACUCCGCACUAACAGCUUUGAUCCUAAUGGUGGUUUCAUCCUCGUCGUCUCUCUCUGUGACAGAAUCCUUGAAGAGCAUUACAUUUCACGGUUGAUGUUCUCAUGGCCUCAGGUAUCAUGUGUAUCAGGUUUUCCAGCAAGAGGAAGCAGAGCCAUCCUCGUGAGCUAUAGGGAUUCUGUUGGCCAGAUUCAGAAAUUCAUCCUGCGGUUUUUGACAAUCUAUGAGAUAGAGAAUUUCAUGAAUGUUUUAAAGGGAAAGUUGGACAAUGCAAAUCCUCAACCUCUUCCAUGUGCUGAAUUUGAUUCAGCAAUAUCUUCCCAAUCUGAGUUUAAUCCUUUGGAUGGAGCUUCACACAGGGACAACGAAGGAUGGAUAUGUGCACCUUCCGGUGACUCUACUCCCCAUUACAUGCCACUGACCUUGGCACCUGAAUUUUCUCAAGAUUCACAUAAAGAGGAAAUGAAACUAAGUCGUGAAGCUGACGAGAUUCUUUCAGCUUUUCCUCCCAGUUUCACCUCCUUCUUGACGAACUGCUGCCCUGAAAUUGAUAAAGUUGCUGCACAGUCAAGUAUGACGAAGGAGGUUGACCUCAAAGACCAAAUUGCGAAAUAUCUUGAAGAUUCUUCAUUCCAAGCCUUAAAGGCAUUGUUCUUGAAGUGA